GAGAAAACGAAAAAAUGCCGAGCACAAGGAGAAUAGUAUACUCGGCGCUCGUAGUAGCGUGGGGCGCGUCCUUUUAUCAGCUCGCCCUCAAGGAUCUGCUCAAUGUAACGUUUGGGCUGGGCAGGGAAAUGCAAAGUAUUGAGGAGUUUCCUUACGACUGCAGACGUAUCGAGCAUCCAAGCCUGGAGGCUUGCGAGGAUAUAUGGCUUGACGAUAAGGGACGGACGCUGUAUGCUGCGUGUGCGGGGACAGAGGGGAGAAAGUAUUGGAACCAGGCCAUGCAGCAAGUCAAUGUAACUGGACGGCGGCCCGGCGGCUCUGAACUCCUGGCCCUUGACAUUGACAAUCCCGGAGCAGACGGCCUCUUCAAUUUCCGCGCCAUCAAGCCGACGGGUAGCUACAGAGGAGCUACAGGAAACCAAGAACUCGAUCUCCUUGGAUUUGACGCCCAGGUCUUGGACGACAAGACGAUCCGGUUCUACCUUGUCAACCAGCGGCCUCCGGUUGGGCCGUCCAACGAAAUCAUCGAUGCAUCUACGACGGGCGAUAACUCUACGAUUGAGAUUUUCGACAUGAAAAAGGGUCAAAAGACGAUGCGCCAUGUCCGUACGAUUGCCUCGAGUGAAGUCUGGACGCCAAACCGUAUUGCGACCUUGGGCGAUGGAUCGAGUGCAUUCCUUGUGACCAACGACCACUCUGCCAAGGUUGGCCUGCGCCGAGAACUCGACUACUUCAUCGGCGGCGGCAACAUUGCAUACUGCUCUGACGCAGGCGAAUGCCACGCCGCCUAUUACGGCCACGAAACCGACGAGUCGACUGUCGGCCCCAAUGCCACGUCCAAUCCCUACCUGCAAACCGCGCUCAGCCUGCUCCCAAGGUCGCAGCUCAAGUUCCCCAACGGCAUAGCCCGCGGUCACGACGGCCUGUUCUACGUGCCCAGCACCAUCGACGGCAAAGUGCGCGUCUUCGCCCUCGACAAAACCAACAAGACGCUGCGCCUCGUCGACAGCAUCCACGUCGGAAUGCCGCUUGACAACAUUUCGCCCGACGCAAACGGCGAUUUGUACGUAGCGGGCAUUCCCAUGCUCGGGCAAGCCGCAAAGUCGUUUUCGGAGCCGUGGAAGCAGAUUUCGCCCGUCACCGUGUGGCGCAUCAGCAGGGCAGGGGAUGCCGCGGUACCGGGCGGUGCGGGUUAUAAGCUGGAAAAGGUCAUCGAGGAUAAAGAGUCAAAGGUGCUGAGUGGAACGACGACGGUAAGACAUGAUGUCAAGACUGGCCGGCUUUUUAUGGGAGCUGCGAUCAGUCCUUACCUCAUGGUGUGUGAGCCACGAGCAGCGGCAUAAUUCAUGCAGUAUCUUGCUGGUGAAAGUAAAGAAUAUUCCAGCAUUUCAUGUCCGUUGUUAUUUCAUGUUUUCCCUAUUUUCCAGUUUUCCAGUUUUCAUAGCAAGAAAGAUGCCCGAAGAAGGAAUACCAAGAACGACACACUAAAAAAAA